AGGAUGGUCCGUGUGUCAGAGUGGUCGGCGCACGUAGGUUGCUUAGUCUAAUCAUGAUGGACAGUAUGGCGGCGUGUUUUUGUUGUUUACGUUGCCGUACCUUUGGUGCAGGUAUUAGCGGUGGACAUGUAAUUUUAAAAGAGCAACCAGCUGUAAAAUUAGAUACAGCGCAUAUGGGUAAUGAUGUUGUUAUUGUCAAACAUGGUCGUAGGAUCUGUGGCUCUGGGGGAGCAUUGGCUAAUGUUCCAAUUGUCCAGAACAAAGCAUAUUUUGAAAUCAAAGUACAAUGUGGAGGAUCCUGGGGUGUAGGAUUGGCUUUAAGGAAAGUUGACCUGAAUAUUCUGCCUCUCGGAUGUGAACCUGAUGCUUGGAUUCUGCGUAACGAUGGUAAACUCUAUCAUAAUAACGAAGAGAAAAUACAGAUCCCAGAAUUAGCCCAAGAGGGAGAUAUCAUUGGUUUAUCUUAUGACCAUGUGGAUUUGAAUUUCUUCUUAAAUGGCAAACCAACUAACACGCCAGUCAGUGGAUUAAAAGGCACACUUUAUCCUGUAAUGUAUGUUGAUGAUGGAGCUGUUCUGGAUGUGCAAUUUGCUACAUUUUAUCAUCAGCCACCAGAUGGCUUUGACAGGAUCAUGAUUGAACAGUCACUUCUAUGAAAAGCUGCUUUCUAUAAAUGAGGUGACAGAGGCAACUGUGAACCAAAAAAAACACCGAGGUAGCUACUUUGUUGGAACUUGUAUAAUAUCUAAUUGUAAACUAGAACCUCUAUGUAAUACAAUAUGUACAAUUAUUGACAUAUUCUUGUAUAUGACGCAUUUAUAUUGAAAAUUAAAAUGUUGUUUAUUUUGAUAAAUUAUCAUUUCACAAACAGAAUCAAACCAAAACAUGGAAAUAUAACAUAUUUUUUAUGUUAACUUUCUGAUACUCAUUUUCAUACAAACAUUUUAAUUACUGUAUUUUCCUAAAUUACUUGUCUUUUCCUUGAGUAAGAUUUUACCACAGUCUCAGAAAAUGUUUCCUUGUAAUUAUAAUUAUUAAAUAUUUAACUGUAAGUUAAAAUAAAUACCUAGCUUGUGUAACUUGUACUUAAUCUUUUAGCAUUUAAACCAGCCAUAUCCGGCUCAAAUAUUCUACCUGCUUUACAUUCAAACCAACCAGAUCUGGCCUCUUACACCUACCCUGCAAUGUUAUUCUAAAAAUAAUCAGUCACACUAUCAAAGUCUUGAAGUUACAAGAUAAUGCAUGAUUAAUUCAAAACAAUGUGAAUAAAUAAGUGUUACAUUUGACAGAAGAAUCUGAAUGUUAUAGAAUUAAAAAAGCAAAGCAUAUUAUACUUUUUCCAAGUUAAUAUUAUCUAUCUCUAAAGGUGUCAAGCUGCCAGAAUCGUUAUCGUUCUGCACAAAAUACUUAAUGACAUUUCCUCUGACUUUACGUUCUGAGUUCAAACGCCACCUGGGUGGACUUCACCUUUACCAGUUAAGCACUGGGGUCAAAGUAAUCAAUUUACACUGGCCCCUUAGAUUGCUGGCCUUGUGCCAAAAUUUGAAACCAACAUUAUCUAAUCUUCAUAUAUUCUGUGUGAUAAAUAUUUUAAAUAUUAUCUUAUAUCUGGUAUUUCUAGAAAUUUAAUUAAAAUCACUCCAAUUUUCCUGCUCUGUUGUGCUUGAUGUCUAAAAAUUUUAGUGUUUAACUUUUAAUCCCCCUGCCCUGUCUCACAGCAUUUAAUAUUUUUUUAAUUUUUUAUUGUAUUCUCUGUGUGACAUACAAGUUUUUAAACAGAGGUGUUGCAAUAUUAAUGUAUUAUUUAGACAUUUCAAGUACACUAACCUCUAUCAAUUUUUGCCAUCAAAUUAAAAUUGCCGCUACAACCUCACUUACUAAAUUUAUAAUAUCCUUCUGCGGAUAUUUGUGUAGAAGAUUUUAGGAUCUGUGGAGGGGACAUUCUGUUAUCUUCCAAGAGUCUGUGCCAUAGAGCAAUGAGUGUAUGAUACAGAGUUUGUAUUGAGCGGACUUCACUACAAUGUUCACUUUCUAAAUCCACAAUAUUAUUCUGUGGUUAUUUAUGUUGAAGAUUUGGUGAGGUGACAUUCUGUUGUUCUCCAACAGUCUGUGUCGUAGAUCAAAGACCAUAUGAUACAGCUCUAACAUAAUUUCAUCAUGAUGAUCAUACUGAGUGAACUUCUCUCCAGUGUUUAGCAUUUCAAUGGUGUAUUUUGUCUUGCUGUAAUAGCUCGUAAUUUCUAUUGCAAGCAGGUAUCUUCCACCUACUGUGACUGAUCAAGGGUUUGGGAUUCAAUUGAGCAUAUUCGUUUUGUGUAACUUAGUAUCAAAGAUAAAAAUCAAUAUUAUAUUCUUUUCUGAAAAGCAUAGAAAAACAGAAGAGCUUCAGCCAAAAAACAUUUUUGUAUAUAAUUUUAUUCUUUCAUGUCAACAUGAGUUCAGAUUCUGCUAAUGGUCAACCUAACUUUUCGUUUGGGUUCCAUAAAACAAGUCUUAAUAAUAGAUUGAAAUGAAUUCAAUUACCUAUACAUCUGGCCUUAUUACUGAAAAAAUUAAUGUGUUCUUUCAUCCAUUAUCAGUCUAACUGGUUAUUUUUUUACAAUUUCACCUUUCUAAUUUUUAGGUAUUAUUUAUUAAACAUUUAUAAUUUUUUUUUUUCCUUUGGCUUCUGUAUUUGGUUUGCAAGAUUCUUGAUGUGAACUCGUGUGUUGAAACAAAUUUUAUUGUAUCUUGAGAGGGUCAUUAUGCCAAUAAUAAAACACAUGUACUGGUUCAAUUUCACUUCUUUUAUUAUUCAUUAGUUGGUUAAAUAACCAAUUGAUGAGUAAUAAAGAAGUAGAAUAAUACCAGUGCAUAUGUUUAUUACUGACAGAAUGACCCUCCUAAAAUACAGCAAAAUAUAUUUUUAAUAAUUAAAUUAUAUACUUUUAUAAUCAAACAGUUGUUAGUUUCUUUAGGUUUUUUUUUCUGAUAUAGGAUGCAUUUAACUUUAAUAAUAAUUUAUGUAUAUGUAUAAAAUAUGAGUAAAAUGUGUUAUUGUUGUUUCCAAACAGCUUUUUUUUUUCAUUGCAAAUACAGUAAUACCUCAGUUAGCAAUCUCAAUACAUUCUUAAAAAUGCAGUGCUAUUGGAGGUCAUUACAACUUUGAAUAUACAUAGAGAUAUAGCUUGCUAGGUUGUUUUUCUCAUAUGUAAAUGAAGGUGACAAACAUUCCCGAAUAUUUGAAAUUCAGAAAUGAUAUCGCACCCUUCCAGUAUUUGUUAACAUUAGAUAACCUCUCACAUGUGAUGUUACAUAUUGAUUUCUGAAACUACAAUAAAAUUAGACUUUAAUUACGAGUGCACAAGUCUACCUUGCCUUACCUAUUCUCAUCCUCAUUGCUGUGAGUCAGGGACCAUGGACACAUACUUCAUCUCUGUCUCUAUCAAUUCCUACCCUUUGGCCAUGGUUGUGCAUUCAUUCAGAGACCUUCUGGUUCAUUCUUUGAUGUCAUCCAAGUAGCAUCUUCUUAGUCUCACCUUUCCUCAUUUCCCAUUGACUCUUCUAUAAGAUGUGGAUGCUGGGGUUCUGGACCUUGAUUAGUUGAGACACAUAAGGCCACAACAUGAUCCCUCUAACCAACUCUGUCUCCUGCUAUUGUUUCAGUCUCAUUCCAGCUUCUCUACCCUUCUCGUCUCCUUUCCUUGUCAACAGUCCUUCGUGGUUUUAGGGUGUCCUGCUACUUUUUCUUUCCCCUCCACUCAGGCUGUUACUUAAGUGCCACCAUACACUCACUUUCUCAAUCUUGCCUGAGGACAUGUCUGAUCCAGUUUCAGCAUCCGCAUCUUAUUUCAUCAUUGAUCCUGUUGAUACCCAUUGUUGUCUCAAUUGUAUCAUUUCAGACUCUUGGCACACACUAGAUGUCAAGUCUUCUCCUUAAGCAUUUGAAUCAGAAGCUGUCCCUUGCUUUUUCUUGCAUUUUUGUCACUUUCCAGUUUUCACAUCCACAGAGUAGAUUGAGUCACUGUCUUAAACUGCUGAACCUUGAUAAUAUGCCCAAAAUAUUGCAGCUUUCUCUUCCUGACAGCCAAAACUUCUCUUUCUGUCCGCAUUUCCUCAAGUAGAGAUUCAUUCGUUCAAUGGUCAACCCAGCUAAUUCUCAAUACUCUUUGGUAGCCCUUUGUUUUCUGAAUGAAACGAAUUAAUAAUUUCAUUUUCUAGAAAAACACUUUUCACCUUCAGUUUCACGUCCAUGGGGCAGCAGACAGUAAGAAAGUUAUUCUAGUUUCUUGUUAUCUUUUAUUAUCUUUCCACACUUCUGAAAACUUUUUGUAAUGAAAAUUAUAUUCUUGCUUCAUAUUUGAAUAACGUUUACUGUGGAAGAAAAUGGAAGAUUUGAAGCAACAAGAGAAAGAAUGAGACAGUACGGAGAAAAGAGGGGAAUGAAGAUGAAUCAGAGUAAGUUUAAGACAAAAUCAACAGGUUAGAAGAGUCUGCAUGAUUUAGCACCAAUAUUCAGAAUAAAACCUAUAUUAUUAAAGAGACAGUUAACAGAUAUGAAAGAGAGCUUAUGGAUGAUGAAGUAAGCUGACUGUAUAUGACAACGUUGAGAGAGAGAAGUGCAUUGAAAUGACACAAACGAAGAUCAUCUGGCAGAAUAGCAAGAACUUAGAGAAGGAAAUCAAAGAGAAGACAUGAACAAAGAACAGUUGCUUAAUUUAAGAAAUAUUCAAACAAUAGACAAGGUUAAAGACAAUUAGGUGCUCCUAUGACAUGACAUCAGAGUAAAUAAGUUUUCUCAUUCACUAACCUCAAUGCUUUGAUCUAGUUUUAUAAUCAUAAGACUUUUUUUAAUAUAGUGAAGAAAUGCUAUGAAGAUAUUUAAAAGUAUGCAUCAACAUAAAAGUAAGAAAAUUUGUAAAAUGUGGAAUUUCUAUGUUUGCCACUAAUUAUUGUAAUAAUGUAAUGCGAUCCCUCUGGAAAUAUCUGCUCCAAGAAAAGAAAAAAAAAAAGCACUAAAUGGUGGGUAGUGUUAAGUGGAGUAUUACUGUACUGUACAUAGAACCUUAUAUUCUCACCUUGUAAUAAUCUGUUAACUCAUGUGAAAGAUGUACAUAUUCCUUGCUAAUAAAUUAUAUGAUGAAGA